GCGUAUAAGUGCGAGUGUCGGUGCGAGGGUGAUUGAGCUUUUUUUUUUCGUACCCAUUAAAAUUUGGUCGAACGCCUUUGCUUGCGAGGGUGAGCAGGGUUGGUGUGUUAAGUGACGUGGUUGUACGAACGAAAUUCAAUUUUCCACUCGACGAGCUUUCGCAGUAGUGCCUAUUGAAACCCAGUGAGCCAUCGCGUUGGAAAUAAGUGCGAAAAACGAGUCGUCAGCAGCGGCUCGUUGUCCGUGGGCCAGUAGUGAAAAGCACCGGGGAUCCGGAUGACAGGGAGGAGAAACCCACGGGAGCAAUGAUUUUCACGGGGAGGUCGGUGGACGCGCUCGACGACGUGCACCGCUACCGAAACGAGCAGAUGCAGGUGGUGGCGGUGCGCGACUCCGAGAGGCGCCGUUCGACCAUGGCCCUCGCGACCAGCUGGUUCUCGAGCCUCAAGAGGCCCAGCAAGAAGGGCAAGCCAGGCUUUCAGAAGCAGGCCAAGAGCGCUUGGGACCUCAGCACGCUCAACUCUGUCUACGCGAAAAUGCAACUAAAAGAUGAAAUCGGCGAGGUCGUGGCCGAGAUGGAGGCGAUGGAGGGCGGCGGUCUCGCGACGGACGACGCGACAAAGUCGUCGAACAGCAAGGCCAAACAGACGUCGAUCGGCCGAAAAAAAUUCAACAUGGAUCCGAAGAAGGGCAUCGAGUACCUGAUCGAAAACGGCCUGCUGACGGCCAACCCGGACGACGUGGCCCAGUUUCUGUACAAGGGCGAGGGCCUGAACAAGACGGCGAUCGGCGACUACCUGGGCGAGCGCAACGAGUUCAACGAGCGCGUGCUCCGGGCCUUCGUCGAGCUCCACGACUUCACCGAUCUGAUACUCGUGCAGGCGCUACGGCAAUUCUUGUGGUCGUUCCGGCUUCCCGGCGAGGCCCAGAAGAUCGACCGCAUGAUGGAGUGCUUCGCCCAGAGGUACUGCCAGCUCAACCCCAACAUAUUCACCAACACGGACACGUGCUACGUUCUCAGCUUCUCGAUAAUCAUGCUCAACACGUCGCUGCACAAUCCGAGCGUCAAGGACAAGCCGAGCGUCGAGCAGUUCAUCAAUAUGAAUCGCGGCAUCAACAACGGUGGCGAUCUACCCAGGGAGCUGCUUGUGAGUCUCUACGAGAGCAUAAAAACAGAGCCCUUCAAAAUACCAGAGGACGAUGGCAACGACCUGAUGCAUACCUUCUUUAAUCCUGACAAGGAGGGCUGGCUCUGGAAACAAGGUGAGAAAACCCACCGCCAAAUCUACCACUCUUACCUGUACUUUAUUUUUGUUUUACCAUUUUUUUUUCUCGCUUCGCGCUCAUUACGUUCAUUUACUGCUAGUCUGCGUUCAUCAAUCGAUAGAUUUCUACAAAAGCUCACUUCGGGUUAAAAAAAAAUGCGCGAGUAAAAAUUAAAUU